ACUACUUAGCUCUCUGCCAAUUUUCUUUCCCAAUUCAAUCGCAUUUUCUUUCGUUUUCUCUCUUACCAAUCAUAUGAUUCUGAUUCUUUACCAUCCCUCAUUAUCUUCCCUGAUCUUUUGAUGCGACGAUCGAAUGCCCGCAGUCGGGGACCAGGAUUCAUGUUUUUAGAUACAGGGUUGAGGGAGGGAGAGCGGUGUUUGGUUUCCUGGAAGGUGGGUUAACGAGUAUGAGGGUUAUUCCGGGAUUGUCAGUGUACGCGAGUGAUCCGGAGUCGGCAGGGCUGGCCAUUAUGGGGCUUCUAGAAUUCGGGAAGGGUACUGUGCCAAAAAAGCGAUGGGCAGAGACAGAAAUAAGGUUGAUGGCGACGGCUGGGUUGCGAUUGCUGGAUAUAGGCGUGCAGGAUGAAAUUCUGGAAUCCUGUACACGUGUUUUGAGGGCAUCUGGGUUUAAGUUCCAUCACGAUUGGGCGUCAGUGAUUACAGGUGUUUUACUGUAUGAUCUACUGUUCUUUGUUGUAUCUUAUCUAUUUGUAGUUAACUUUGUUCAAGAGGAAGGCAAAGAAUGUACCGUGGUUUGAGCAAAUAUUUUUACACAAAGUGGAAAAGAUGGAGGUUUCAAAGGAUUUUGCCAUGUUUUGUCAGCUGGUGGAACUUUGAUGAAUAGAAGACUCAAAAGAGAAAUGUGGCUUUUUAAGAUUUUUUUUAAUUUUUUUUUCUUGGUCUAGGUAAGAAUUGCAAGUCUAUUUAGUUUAGUAUCACAAGAUUUUGGAGAGUAUAUCUGCAGUUUACAAUCCUUGAUAUCAAGGAUUGGGCUGGAAAAUGUUGACACAAGGAUUUUGGCCCGUAGGAAGAUGUUGAUGGUUUGCAGUUGAAAAAUGUCAAUAAUAAAGAUAGGUGGUAAAAGAGCCUUUCCAAAUGUGCAACCUAGUUUGUGAUGAGAGCCAUUUUGGAGUGAAGAAUUCCAAUGUAGUGUUGGAUUAAUUGUUCUUUAUUGUAUCUUAUUUUUUCAUGGU